AUGGAUAAACCAGAUGAGAUUACAGAGUCUGCGCGCUCGACGCCGUCGCAGGGCACUUCGGCUACCCGUCCGUUGAUGAAGAGUGCGGAUGCGACAGAGGGUGCAGUGCGCGAGGCUGUGGUGGUGGACGACAGCGCGGAGAAGGAGAGCUACUUUGCCUACUUUCGCACCAAGCAGUUCUACAUCGUCUUGCUCCUGGGGCAAAUACUGGCCCUCUGCAUCACGGCUACAAACACCUUCUCCGGCCUGCUGUCUGCCGCAGGAACAUCCAUUCCGUCCUUCCAGACGCUGUUCAACUACAUCCUGCUGACCAUAGUCUAUACCUCUUUCACCCUCUAUCGCUACGGCAUCAAGAAGUGGACUCAGAUCGUCUACCGUGAAGGAUGGAAGUACAUCAUCUUCGCCUUCUGUGACGUGCAGGGCAACUACUUCAUCGUCCUCGCAUACCGCUACACCACCAUCCUCAGCGCCCAGCUCAUCAACUUCUGGGCCAUCGUCAUCGUCGUGCUGAUAUCUUUUACCCUGCUGCGCGUUAGGUACCACUGGGCCCAGUACGCCGGCAUCCUCAUCUGCAUCGGCGGCAUGGGCGUGCUCUUUGGGUCAGACCACAUCACCGGCGCCAACAGUGGACCGUCCAAGUCUCGCGGCGACUUGAUCAAGGGUGACCUCUUUGCCCUGCUCGGCGCCACCUUCUAUGGCCUCGCGAACGUGGCGGAGGAGUAUCUGGUUAGCAAACGGCCGACGUACGAGGUGCUCGGUCAGCUGGGCCUGUAUGCCAUGAUGAUCAUGGGCGUUCAGGCCGCCAUCUUCGACCGGGCCUCGUUCCAGAAUGCGGUAUGGAACAGCACUGUGGCCGCCUACCUGGUCGGCUACACGCUCUGUCUCUUCCUCUUCUAUUCCAUGGCACCGUUCCUCUUCCGCAUGGCCAGCGCGGCCUUCUUCAACAUCUCCCUCCUCACGAGUAACUUCUGGGGAGUGGUCAUUGGCGUCAAGGUGUUUGGGCUGCGCAUCCAUUUCCUCUAUCCCAUCGCCUUUGUGCUCAUCAUCGUCGGCCAGUUUGUCUACUAUCUCGGCAGACAGGCGGUCGGCGAAGCCAUGAAGCCAUGGCUGGGUGAGAACCAGGAACGUGGAGUCGUCGGUAUCGGCACUGCCAGAAGAGCACGCGCAGACGAACGGCCUGACGCCAGCAACGUCUAG